AUGGAUCCAUUGAAUGUUGAUGGAAAUUCGUGGCGAUUCCCGUGGAUGAGUGAAGAAGAUUUGGGGAACGAAGAUAUGGAGGUGGAAUUCUAUCCGGACUCUGAGGUGGAAGACCCUGAUGUCAAAGUUUGCGGUAUCUGUGGUGAUGAAGGGCGGAAGGAUUUGCUCGUUAUCUGUUCUCGUUGUAGUGAUUGGGCAGAACAUACUUAUUGCAUGCUAAAAAUGCCGACUAAAGUGCCAAAGGGCAACUGGGUGUGUUUGGAAUGCAAGGUGGAUGAGAAAUUGAGUCAUCAGAGGCAAGAUAAGAUUGGAAGGAUAGAUGGAAAUGUGAAAAAACAACUCCCUUGA